AUGGCGGCUCGCUUUGCUGUACCUUCUGCCCUGAUGGGUGCAGAGGAUGAAUGCAGUAUCGGGGAGCCUGAAUGCUACGACGCCUCCUCAGGGGUUUCUGAGGGACCUGUCCUUGCUGAUCCCACAACGUUAACCCACUCCCAUGAUCAUGUGGCCACAGACGCUGAAGAGAAUCCCACAAGUGAUCGGGAGGCUGAUACGUUACCAGAUGGCAUGGCAGAUUCAUCAGAGGGGUACAUCGGCGUGUCAGCCACGUAUGCAGAUCCUAAGGAAGCACUAGCUCCAAGUCGUUUGAGCUUUCCCGCAAGAGUUCGGCAAAAAUCGGGGCCAGAAUGUGGCACAUUCUUGGCUGCAGACGUUGGUGGCACCGGGAAUACAUUUAAAGAAGUUCCCCCCCAUGACGCUGCACAGGACCCUGGAGGUACAUGUUUCACUACCAACGCGGAGGCUGGGGUAUGGAAGAGGACUGUGAAGGCGGCUACAGCCUCUGCUUCCUCAACAGCGUCAGUUACAGCAUCUGCGGUGACGCGGCGGCUCAUCUGGAUGCAGGCAUUCAUUUCGCGUCUGCUGGCAACCAGUUCUGCUAGCCUGAAUGUUCUUGUGUUUGUAGUACUGAUUCUGGCGGUGACUGUCGCGUUUGGUACCCAGAAUUCUCUGGCACCCAAUCUGUCGCGCAUCGCUGAUACCUUCCAUUUCUCGGAGGCGGAGAGAGACAUCCGUGUGGGAGGCGAGCUCGCGUUCCUUUACUACAUUCCGGGGUGUAUUGGGGCCCUCACUGUUGGUCUCUGUGCUGGCGUUUUGGAUAGAAACAAACUUGUCUCGGCUGUUCUACUCCUCUCUGGGCUUGCUUCAUUAUGCACAUUCUUUGUCAACGCUUACUGGCAACUGGCUGCUCUUCGUUUGGUUGCUGGCCUUGCGAGCGGAGGAGUUCAUCCCUUGGCGUAUUCUUUGGUCGGUGAUUGGUUUGGGCCUUCCUUAAGGUCCUGUGCCUCUGCAUUUGUUCUGGGGGCAGCAGGUUUCGGCACCUUCUGCGGCCAGUGCCUUGCGGCCCUUUUAGGGUCCUUGGACUGGCGCUGGGUGUUUCUGAUACUUGCUGCACCUUUAUUGUUCAUGGCACACUUUUAUUACCUAGCAAAUGGCAGGCCAGAGGGUCCUUUGACUCAUCAUAUGGAAUUCAUGGGAGCCCGUGAGCAGCAAGAAUUAUCGCUUGAAGGACUCAAGGGAAUGGCCAAGUCCAAGACAAACAUCCUGAUGCUUUUGCAGGCAUUUCCUGGCAACGUGCCAUGGGGGGUGUUGGUGGUUUAUCUUCAUGACUUCUUGAGAACUGACAUCGGGCUCACCGACACGGCAGCCAUUGCAGCAAUCGUUGCGGUUGCUGCGGCGUCCUUCUGCGGAAUGAUUGUGGGUGGGAUGAUUGGGGGACAUCUCUAUGCCCAAAGUGGCAAGAGACUUCUCCGCUUCUGUGCAACAACUUGCGUCCUUCGGUGUGUACCGUGCGUAAUGAUUUUCGCCUUCCCUGCCAUUAUGGGGAAGGCACCUGAAGGGCCAACCCUUCUGCUGCUCCUGCUGCUGUUGUUAGCUGCUGCCUUUGGUUCAACUUUGCCCACAGCGAAUAUUGGAGCUGUCUUGCUCAAUGUCAACACCGCAGAGGUUAGGGGCACAAUAUGCGCCAUUUACACGGUGCUGGAUGACGUAUCCAAAGCCCUUGGAACGGUGGUUGCAUCCCUUCUUGGAGCACUCGUGGGCUCCAGGGCCCUCGCCUUCCAGUUGUCUAUGAGUCUGUGGUUGUUGAGCGCCGCCGCACUGUUCGCCGCGUCAAACACUUAUGCAGCGGAUGAAGCGCGUGUCAUAGCAGGGGAGAGUAACAAAGAUGGCUUGGGCUUUCGGCAGCUCGCCGAUGAAGGUGCACAGGAUCGAAUGCCGCUGAUCCUAAAGCAUCAGCAGCAGGCUUCCCAGCAAGAAGCAUCUGCCCUGUGUCAGUGCCUUGUGCACGAAACGCACGAGGAACCUACAGACGUGGGAUUCAGAGUCUUGAAACAACAAGCACAACUGAGAAAGCCUGGAAGCAGCGACGCUGCGGCGGGUCUUUGGGAACAACUCGAAGACCAUGGAUGGGCGCUGAGUGGAUCCCUCAAGAGGGGCUACCAAAGUGCCGCGCUAUUGUACGGCUUUGCUUGGGGAACUUCUCCUCUACCGGGAUCGGGAUUUUUUCUCGGCAGCCUCUGCCAG